AUGGAUGUGCCCAGACCAUCCAGCCGGGUGGAGAUCGUCGCCGCUAUGCGCCGUGUGCGCUACGAGUUUAAGGCGAAGGGUGUGAAAAAACGAAAAGUCACCGUGGACGUUUCGACGGAUGGCGUCCGAGUUACGAUGCGGACCGAAAAGAGGAGUAAGAAGAGAUCUGGCUCAAAACUCUUCGGCCGUAGCAACAAGAGUAACUGUAGCACUGAAACCUUAGAACUGAUGCACCAUCCAAUAUACCGCAUCUUCUACGUCUCCCACGACAGCUCCGAUCUCAAGAUCUUCUCUUACAUUGCAAGGGAUGGCGCAACGAAUGUGUUCAAGUGCAACGUUUUCAAGAGCAAUAAGAAGAGCCAGGCUAUGAGGAUUGUGCGCACAGUAGGUCAAGCUUUCGAGGUGUGCCACAAGAUGCAGACCAAUACUCCAGAACAACCAGCGCCGUCAACUUCGUCCGCCGUUGAUGACCCUACUCCCGCUGACCGCCUGAGUGAAGUGAAGGCUGCCAAAGAACCUGCUUCCGAGUGUGGUGGUUCGGAGUCGGGUGCAGCAUCGACUACCAAAGUAGUGAUAGAGGAGGCACCUCAUGCCGUGUCGAAAGAACCAGUGCGCCCAAACCAUCUAGAUCUACUCCCACCACCGCCUAGGAAGGAAGGAAAACGCGCUCUGCAGCAAACGUCAGUUCCGAGCAUCAACCUCCCAGACUUACCGGAGUGUGUGACCAAAGUUGAGAUCUCGACCGCGCCCAAGGAUGAUGCUUCAACGCCCCUUAGCGCGCAGCACCAGCUGAAACUCUUGCGCGAGCGCCUGGAUCAGCAAGCACAGCAAACACAAGCUGCUGUUGCGCAACUUAUGCUCCUUAGAGACCAGCUCGCUGCGGAGCAAGCAGCACGAUGUGAGGCUCAGGCUCGUACUCACCAACUGCUGGUUCAUAACAAGGAACUUUUGGAGCACAUUGCAGCUCUAGUCGCUCACUUACAAGAACGAGAAAAGGGGAAUACUCGCCCAAUCAGCGCUCAGCAACUCACACUCUUGCCACAGAAGAGCGAAGCUGUUAGCGACGCAAACACAACAGAAAACUUCAUAAAUAACAACGGUAAUCAGCAGCAACUCGACAACGAUGCCUUGCUUAAUUUUCUAGCACAAAACUCCAAGCCCACGCAACAUCAAAAUAUCGAGAACAACAACGUACGCUUGUCUACGUUUAACGUGUCUCCAACUAUUCCUGACGGUAACAUAAAUGGAUCGGCGCCAUGCUUCGCGGGGAUGACGAAUGAACAAAUCCAGAAUUAUCUCAUCUCUAAAUUCCAAAACAUGACAUUUGCCAACGGGCACGUCGAAAAGACCGCGAACAUCAAUCAGCACUUCUUCCAGAACAGCAAUGCGUUCCCGAACAUCCCACCGCUCACCAACCAUUUUAGCAAUUCCGACUUAGCAAACUUGCUAAACCAUCAGCUAUACAAGGAUACGUCUGGCUCAAGUGAUGAAGCAGGCGCUUUGGCUCAAGCGAUGAGUGUGGGUCAAUCCCAAAACUCCCUGUAUAGUAACAGUCAACCUACGACUUCUAAGGACUCGUCUCCAGAUGCCUUUAGCUCCGACGAAGGACAGCCAUUUAUAAUGCCAUUAUCGCACAACGCGACAUUGGCGGCCACUGGUAAUGACGGACGUGUAAGGCUUAUUGUGCCAGUUAGUCCCUCUGAAAGCACGUCGGAUGUCCUUCAAGCGCAGAAAACCCCUGAAAACGCUAGUGGCUCACUAACGGUUCCGGGAGAUUUGUCCCCAGCGGCUCCGAUCACGCGUAGCACCAGCGAAAAAGUGCCAAACCGGAGCGAGUUGAUGACGGCACUCCGCGCCCAAUGGACAAGGCACACUACCAAAUAA